CCUCCUACAACAGAUAUACGCCUCCCCAUCCUCUUUCGAGAUAACCAUUCCAUCUGAAAGACACAUCAGAGAACUCUUAGACAUGGACUCGGGAGCACCGCCAAGCAAGGAAGAGGUCACGCAGGGCAUCGACACCCGGACAGACGCUCAAAAGGAUAAGCAAGAGACGUCUACCAAGGAUGUCAAGCCCACACCGUUAACCGUGCCUCAAGAGAUCAAGCAAAACCUGACCCUGAUCAACCGGGCCGUACACAACUUGGAGCCCAGGUUCACCGCACGAGUAUUGAGGACAUUGACCGGGCUUCGAAAAAAGGUGUACCGAGAAGCCCUCCAAGAGGUCGUCAACGAUGUCUACCCGAAGAGUUCGAAAUCGCCCGCUCAGCUUCUCCCUCUCAUCUCCCUUCUCCCUACUGAAUCUUCCAAGCUCGCCGCUUCUUCAUCCUCCAUCACCAAAGGUACUCAGGCUAUGGAAAUCGAUGAGACCUCAAAGACGACCACAACGACUACGGCCGGCGAUUCGAAAGCGGCGACCAAGCCGACAGGAGAGGUCUUGCCCGAGUCGGAUGUGUAUGUGCGGUUAUUGCUCAUCCUCGGGCUGAUCGACGUGAAAGAGGUUGAAAAGGCAUUUGAUCUGGCCAAGGAGACGACGACAUAUAUUCAGUCAUUGAACAGGAGGAGCAUGGAUCACCUUGCCGCCAAGGUUUGGUUCUACUUGGCGAGGUGUGCAGAGCUCUUGAAACGGGACGAGGAGGUUCGAUCACUCCUCUUGGCGGCUCACUCGACGGCUUCCCUCCGAAACGACGAAGACGUACAGGCCACCCUUCUUAACGCACUCUUGCGCAAUUACUUCAACAGUGGAGCUUACGACCAGGCGGACAAGCUCUUGAGCAAGACGUCCUUCCCGGAGAGUGCGGGGAACCCUCAGUUGGCGAGGUACUUGUUUUACUUGGGCCGAAUCCGAGCCAUUCAGCUGAACUAUACCGAAGCGCACACUCACUUACAACACGCCAUCCGACGAGCUCCGUCCGAGACGGUCGCACCUGGAUUCAUGCAGACCGUCUACAAGUACUUUGUCGUUGUCGAGCUCUUGAUGGGUGAUAUUCCUGAGCGAUCCGUCUUCCGACGUCCGGUCCUACGGAAGGCUUUGAGUCCUUACUUCCAGUUGGUUCAAGCCGUUCGAAUCGGUGAUCUCGAAGCUUUCCAGACCGUGCUCACCACGCACGCCUCGAAAUUCGCUUCAGACGGGACGCACUCGCUGAUCGUCCGUCUUCGACACAACGUCAUCAAGACCGCCCUCCGAAUGAUCUCCCUCGCCUACUCUCGAAUCUCGCUCAAAGACGUCUGUCUCAAAUUGCACCUUGAUUCGGAAGAGGACACCGAAUACAUCGUCGCCAAGGCCAUCCGGGACGGAGUUAUCGAUGCCGAGGUGGAUCACGCGCAAGGGUGGAUGAAGAGUCGCGAGGGAGGCAAUGUUUACGAGACGGACGAGCCGCAAAAGGCUUUCCAGCAGAGGAUCGAAUUUUGCAUGAACUUGCAUAACGAGAGCGUCAAGGCGAUGAGGUACCCCUUGAACGCGAACAAGCCGGUUGGCGAGGACUCGGAGCUCGCAAGGGAGAGGAAGCUCGACAUCGAGGCGGCCCUUGCCGAAGCUGCCGAGGAUGACGACAUGGACAUGUAAUGCGCCGAAGGUUUAAUCUAAUCGUCCCUACCUUGUAACGCCGACGUUGCCGUCUAUAUACUCUCACGGUUGGACGGAUGAUGAUAACGAGAAUAUGCAUGAUUCGAGUGUG